AUGAAAAGCCCACUUUUCACCUUCAACCCAAAAGAAGGAAUUGAUAAUCCAGCCCUGGUCAUUACUGAUGAUUCUGAACCUGAUCUGAGUAUCGUGCCCAGAAUGUGCCACCUGAAGCGCCUGGAUGGUCAGAGCUUUGGCUUUCAGCUAUAUCUAGAUCCGAGCAGCCAAUGCUUUGAGAUCCAAGAUGUGGAACCUUCAAGUCCUGCAAAGUACAGUGGUGUAAGGGAUGGAGACAAACUGCUGGAGGUCAAUGAGAAAGAUGUGGUCAACAUGGACUUUGACAGAGUUGUGAAGAAGAUCCAGUCAUGUGGUUUGGACUUGUUCCUCCUGGUGCUGAAGAAAGAAGAGUAUGAAGAGGCCGUAUCUCUGGGUGUGGACCUCCAUAUGCUUACCAAAGCCACCAAAGGGGAGGAAUGGUCCAGACCAAGACUGUGUCACAUUGCCAGACAUGCAGAACAUGGUCUUGGAAUGACCAUCAGUCUAAUAAAUGGUCUAAAUGUGGAGGUGGAGCACGAAGGUGAAUCCAGAAAGGGUGCCAGAAAUGGAGUACCAGGUAGGACAGGCAAUGCAGACAAGGCAGGCAAGUGGCUGGAGAGCAAGGCAUGA